GUCUCUCUUUCUGUGUCCCCCCCGGGUCGCAAGGUAGACUUUUUCUACAUUAAUGGCGUUCUUCGGUUUAACACACCUGGGUUAUCAAAACCCAAUAGGCGAUAAAAUGAUAGUGAAUCCCAAAGGAGCGUCUCAUCCUCAGGAUACUUCAGCAGGGCUGCCUCCAUCUCUUCAAGAACAACAGGGACCCCUCAGAUGUACAGACAUGUGCAACGUCUACCACCAGCCUCUUCCCUACAGCACUGACAUACACCACGGGAGCCAGGAACGAUACAAAGAGAUGGUCAAAAGGGUGAAAACACCCAGAUCGCCUAACCAGCUGUACAAAAUGCCCCUAACGGACAGCCAGCAGUAUGGAUGGAUGAUUUCCAAGAGUCCUGAACCGUGGACCCAAGUCAAACAUUUUCCCCGAAAGAACAGUGAGAUGACAAACAGUCGUCAUUUCCCCGGAGGGUGACAUGAUGGAAGCAGCCAGCCAGUCUGUGGAGAGGACCUCUGCCUAAUCCCUGGAUAUCAAAAUGGCAUUAUGUAAGAGCUGCUCUGAUCUAGACAGGACAGGCAAAACAGCACUAAUACUGCACAACGUAGAUUAAAAUGUAUUUUCGCCACAAAACAGCUUACGGAGGAUAUGCAGGCUUAAUCAAUAAAUGAUCAACACAGCUCUAUGGAUGCAUGGCUGAAUACAUUACCAAGUCUGUUUCAUACCUGAAAUACCUCCACAAUGAAGUUAAACAUCCCUCCAACAAUGUACAUUUUACUGACGUUUCCUAAUGCUGACAAGAUCUGACAUAUUAAUCGAUUUGAUGGAGCAUCUGCAGCCGUGAAAAUGUAAUAUCCCCCCCCCUUUUUUUUACAGUGUAAACAUAAUUUAGCUUCAAUAAAGAGCUGGGACAAGCUGACAGAAAUAUAUACUGUCAGAUAGUUUGAAAUAAGAUGAUUUUAAUAACCCUAAAGCUACUUAAACCUACUAAAAGGGAGUUUUUAACUUGCUAUGACACUGUUUCAGUUCGAUGCCGAUGCCUCUAUAUGACCUACAUACCCACACGAGACCAUAUAGUCAUUCUUAAUCCCUGCCAAUAGGUCAGAUUCAGUCGGAUUCCCCUUGAAAUCAAUGAAAUGAGGCCACAGAAACUCUAGCAACAAAAUUAAAAUUAAAGCUCCUUGCUGCUACUAUAAAGGUCCAGUGUGUAACAUUUAACAGGAUCUAUUGGCAGAUUUAUAGGUAGGUUUUCAUUAGUUUAUAAUCACCUGAAAAUAGGAAUUGUUAUGUUUUUACUUACCUUAGAAUGAGCCGUUUUUAUCUAAACAAGCCUACAUGUUUCUACAGUAGCCCAGAAUGGACACACUGGGACCUUUGGUGUUUUUCAGGCCACCGUAGUUUCCCUGACAUGCUUGGAAGGUGAGAGGUAUUCAGUCGUUUGCAACUUCAUGCUAGAUGCCACUGAAUCUAACACACUGGUCCUUUAAAAGAAAGAUUUUGUGAACUGUGGCACUCAAUCAAUCACUGUGGUUAUAUGAGUUUGACAUAUUGUGGGGCUUUAAAGUGUGUGGUUUCAAUAUUAUGAAAGCUAUUUAUAAUAAACAAAAUCCACCAUCUUAUGUAAGUUUUACUUCCUCAAAAUCAAGAGAUACUUUAUUUAGUUCAACCACCAUAGUAGUGGAUAUGUCGUAUAUCAUCCCAUCCCGCUUUACCAGGUAUAAAGUUAAUCAUCAUCACAAUUUUAGUUUAGUGUUUUAGCAUGCUAACAUUUGCUAAUCACCACAAAACGCACAGCUGAGGCUGAUGGGAAUGUCAUUAGAUCUGCAGGCAUAAACUGGUACGAUGGUGCUCACUGAAGUUACUGCAAUUCAUCCUGAGGGAGACCAUGAAUGUCUGUACAGCGUUUCAUGGCAACGCACCCGAUAGUGGAGAUAUUUCAGUCUGGACCAACUGACCGAUCGCAUCCCAAGAGAGCAUAGUGUAAGUAGGGAAUACAGAUGUCUAAACAAAGAAUAAUAGAGAAUAAUUUCCACCUGCCCGUCCAUUGGCAAAGCCUCUGCACCUUCCCUCCCCGUCCAAACACCACUUUACACCUAAUGAAACUCCUUUGAAGCUACCGUCUCCAAGUUGGACGAGCAGGCGAGGAUGAGAGGGGGCUUAAUGGAACAUUCAGAAACUUUUAUUUAUAAUUUUUCUCCUCCUUUAUGAUGGAUUCAGCACAGCGGCCAUUUACUUUAGCAGGAAGUCUGUGGUCCCGACAGUGCGUCUAUAAACAUUGACUUUUAAGGCCAUCAGGCCCCCUUUCAGACUUGGGAUGAGUGUGGUGGGAUAGAGAGCACUGUGGGAGAAUGUGGACAAACUGAGCAGAAUCCUACAAGAACACGAGUGUAAUAUAUCAGGAUAAGAUUGUUUGAAGAAGAUAAUAUGUUUAUAUUAAUGGAUGACAUGGCUACUUGUACGUGAAAGAGGUUGCGAUGAACCCACGGAGAAUUAUCACCCGUCAUCAACUCUACAGAGCUUUAUAACAUCUUACAGCUCAUUCUUUUGGUUUUAUGGUCAACAACUUCACUGGUUUAUCAAUGUAAACCGGAAAAGAGAAGAGCCUUAAGACUCUUACUUGCCUUAUAAACCCACUUUAAGUUAAUUUAACCUACAUUUUAGAUUCUUUUUUGUUUGUUUUGUUCAUUUAUUUCAUCUUUUUUUUCUCUUUUCUGUUAAAGUAUGCUGCUUGGAUUCAUUGUUAGGUAUGCUGAGCAACCACUGAUGAGGUGUGUUUGUUAUUGAAGGAAGUUUGAAUAAAGGUUUUCAAAAAGAA